UCUUUACAAUAAUAUAUGGCUGUAGUGAAAGGUAUUAAAGACCCACAAUAAUCCAGUCGGGGUUCAUGGGGUUAAUAAAGUGAAACACGAUCGCCUACUUUCCUUAUCCAGCUGACGGCAUGCCUUAACUCUCUGUAUUCUCUUUUAAGAUGUAAAAUUAAGAUAAGCUAUGUAGGUUAGACUGUUUUACCGAAAAUUCCGCUAGCUGUGCCAGUGUUUACCUGAUUAAAUUAAACAAACCCUUCGCCGGUAAUUGUUUUGAAUAAGGUGCGCGUUGUUUGGUAAAAUAACCUAGCGUUAGGUAACCUAGUUAGCUCCUAAAAGGAGCUGCUGUGGCUAGUUUAAUUAUUAAAGCGAGAGAAAGUUUUACACGAUAUACCUGUAAUGUUAUCCACCCUUUAGAAACGCUUCUUUAAAAGCUCUGCGGACUGAAAAGUUCAAACCUGAACGGACGAGGCUGGAGAACGGCGAAGUUUCCUGAGGUCUUUGAGCGACCGGCAGACGAAAACAGAUUCCAGGGCACAGAACUUUUAAGACCUUCAGUCCUGGCGGGAUCAGCUGUGUAAAGCUGUGCUGUUUUCCUGGAGAAGAUUGUCUGUACAGGCUAAAUAACCUCUAGCACCUUUCACACGCCUUCUGACCUGAAUGUCUGUAAUCUUUCAGGCUGUCGGCUAGACUUCGAGUUUACAAACGGAGGUGAAACGGUGACUUUUAACCUAGAAAACCUUAUGCUACAACGAGAGGAAAUUAUUUUUUUUUCCAAGUCAAGGAGUUCUUAUACUUUCAUUGAAAAACUCCUUUUAGGGCACUUUAGGAGCAGACUCUCUUUUUGUCUGUUUUAUGACCUUAGUUUUUUUGCUUUUUUCCUUUUUUCCUUUUGCCUUUGGGUGUUUUCUGGUGUUCUGCACCAGUAGAACAGUUUGUACUGGCAACCUAAAUGUGCUUGGGGCACUACAAACUGGCUUGCUUAAUUUUAAAGCCAGUUCACCUAAGGCUGUAGGAGACAGUUCAAGAUUUUUCCUGCUUAAUAAUCCUUACAUAACAGCAGGAUGUUUAUGUUUCGAAGUAGAAUGUGAAAAGUUCACCUAGGCUUUCUAAUAAAGAUGCAUCUCGUGUUUCUUUGAGAUCAUAAAAGGACAGUGAAUUACAUGUUGAUAUGGAGUCUACCCGUGGACUUCAAGCUUGCAACAGGUAGUGCUUUUAGCACACUGUCAAUCACUGGAAAAAUUGUUUGUAGGAAUUAGUCACAAGGAAGAAGGCAGCUCUUCUCCCCAAGGACCUGACGUUUGUCACCUAGCACAGCUAAUUCAAUGCUGCCUCUGUCAUUUCCAAUGCUAAGAUAACUUGGCUGGGACUUGAAAGGUUGUGGGGGUUAAAGGAAAAAAAGGAUACCUCCAUCCUUUGUUCAUCUGCACACUCUUCCCUGUCUGGCCAUUGAGCUGGCGAGCAAAGAUGCGAACGCUGGGCGGCAGUCGCCGGUGAGGAUGUACGCGGCGUCAGGAAUGACUGAGUGCAAGGCGGAGGUGACACCGUCUACAAGCAAUGGCCAUCGCAUCUUCAGCUACACGUUGGAGAGCCACACCGGCGCCGCCUUUGCCAUCAUGAACGAGUUGCGGCUUGAGAGGCAGCUGUGUGAUGUCACUCUGCGUGUGAAGUAUAAUGACCUGGAGGCUGUGGACUUUGUGGCACACAAGGUGGUGCUGGCGUCCUCCUCACCUGUCUUUCGAGCCAUGUUCACCAACGGCCUGAAAGAGUGCGGAAUGGAGGUGGUGCCCAUCGAGGGGAUCCACCCGCGGGUCAUGGGUCGCCUGAUAGAGUUUGCGUACACAGCAAGCAUCUCCGUUGGGGAGAAGUGUGUGAUCCAUGUGAUGAAUGGUGCUGUGAUGUAUCAGAUUGACAGCGUGGUGAAGGCAUGCUGUGACUUUCUGGUGCAGCAGUUGGACCCCAGCAAUGCCAUCGGCAUCGCCAACUUUGCCGAGCAGAUCGGCUGCACUGAGCUUCACCAGAAGGCCCGCGAGUACAUAUACAUGAACUUCAGUCAGGUGGCAACGCAGGAAGAGUUCUUUAACCUGUCUCACUGUCAGUUGGUGACGCUGAUCAGCCGCGACGAGCUGAAUGUUCGCUGUGAGUCUGAAGUAUUCCACGCAUGUGUGGCGUGGGUUCAGUAUGACCGUGAGAACCGCCGGCCGUAUGUUCAGGCUCUGCUGCAGGCUGUGCGCUGCCAUUCGCUUACGCCAAACUUCCUGCAGCGGCAGCUGGAGCAUUUCGAGUGGGACGCGCAGAGUAAAGAUUACCUGUCCCAGAUCUUCCAGGACCUCACCCUCCACAAGCCCACCAAGGUUAUUUCCUGCCGCACUCCCAAAGUGCCCCAGCUGAUCUACACAGCGGGAGGCUACUUCCGCCAGUCACUUUGCUACCUGGAAGCCUUUAACCCUAUCUCGGGUGCAUGGCUGCGGCUAGCCGACCUGCAGGUGCCCCGCAGCGGGCUGGCGUCCUGCGUUAUCAGCGGACUCUUUUACGCCGUGGGUGGCCGAAACAACGCCCCAGAUGGCAACAUGGACUCCAACACGCUGGACUGCUACAACCCCAUGAAUAACUGCUGGCUCCCCUGCGCACCCAUGAGUGUGCCCCGGAACCGGAUUGGGGUUGGGGUGAUCGAUGGGAUGAUCUAUGCAGUGGGGGGAUCCCAUGGCUGCAUCCACCAUAACAGUGUAGAGAGGUAUGACCCAGAAAGAGACAUAUGGCAGCUUGUGGCUCCCAUGUUGACGCGCCGGAUCGGGGUUGGGGUGGCAGUCAUCAAUCGCCUCCUCUAUGCAGUGGGCGGGUUUGACGGCACUCAUCGGCUGAGCUCUGUGGAGUGCUACAAUCCUGAGAAAGACGAGUGGAAAAGCACAGCAUCAAUGAACACUGUCCGCAGUGGAGCAGGUGUGUGUGCACUUGGUAACCAUAUCUUUGUGAUGGGUGGCUAUGACGGCACCAAUCAGCUGAACACAGUGGAGCGCUACGAUGUGGAGACGGACAGCUGGACCUUCAUCUCGUCCAUGAGACACCGUCGCAGUGCACUGGGUGUGACUACUCAUCACAGCCGCAUCUAUGCUUUGGGUGGAUAUGACGGUAACACUUUCUUGGACAGUGUGGAGUGCUAUGACCCUGAAACGGACACCUGGACUGAGGUCACGAAGAUGACCUCUGGGCGGAGUGGGGUCGGUGUGGCGGUCACAAUGGAGCCGUGCCAAAAGGAUUGUCAGAAACUCUAGUGCCUCCUGCCUCAGAGUUAUUUCUUUCUGUUGUAUGAUUCUUUCUCUUGUUCCUUCCCUUUUCAGCCAGGCUUAUGAUCGCACAUUAGCUCUGCUGCUGACUGUUCUGAACAGUUCAGUCAUCAAAAGAGACCACAUGCCUACCAUCACAGGAUCAGGAGCUCAGCUCGGCCACAAGGUUCAUUUAAAGACUAGGAGAAACUUAAGAUGCUCCGCUGGAAUGGCAGGUCUUUAGAAUUCUUCCAUGCUAAAAAUCCUAUGAAGAUCAGAUCUGAGAUGCAGGAAGGCCUGAUUUUGUAUCUGAGGGUACUUUAAGUCAGGCCACAUUAGCCUAAAUUGGCAUGUUUGACCUGUUUAAUUGUUUAGUAACCAGACCACAGACAAUGGAUUCAGUAAUAUGAGUCUGCCAGUGUCUUCAGUUGUAUUGUUGACCUGUUUUCUGCAGUCCCUGACAAAAGUUCUGUCGCUUACCCAUGUUGUGGAAACAAAAGCUUAUAACCUGACUUUAAAUUCAUUCAUUAGUUUUAGAAAUGACUUAUAUGAAAGCUGAAACCCUCCCAAAUGAGGUUUAAUUAACGAAAAUAAGUUUGCUUCACUGCAGAAAUAUUACUUUUGUCUUGCCAAAAUCUGACCUUUCUGUCUUUAUUAAAUAAUCAAUAUUUCUGCAGUGAAGCAAAAUUAUUUUCGUAAAUUAAACCUCAUUUGGGAGGGUUUUAGCUUUCAUUUAAUUCAUUUCUAAAAACAAUGGACGAAUUUAAAGUCCGGUUAUAAGCUAUUGUUUCCACAACAUGGAUAAGCGACAGAACUUCUGUCAGGGACUGUACAAGAAAACCAAAUCUGUGGUGGUUAUGGUAGACCUGCCAGAGACUACCUCUCCUUUUUUGAAAGCUGUUUUUUUUCCUGCGAAUGAUUAAGUGCCAUUAUCAUGCCUCACCGCCACGUCAGUAUCCCACCCUCUGUGCUGCUCUAGUGGGCAUGAAGGCUGACCUGAUGCUGCACAGGGACAUAAGAGUGCCAGGGUACCAAGGGCAGCUUGGGCUGGUAUUGUUAAAUGGGCUGGUUGAGUGGCUCUAAAACCCAGUCCUGGACAAUGUGUUGGGUUUUUGUUUAGUUUUUUCCUUCAGUGUUUUUUGCUUCUCUGUACCACCUCAUUGAACUCAUCAGGAAAUUACCAAGAUCAUCACAGAAGUUGUUUGGGGCGAAUGGAGAACACAGUGUUGAGGGAUAGCAAGACUGGGAUUGAAAACUAUUUUCUGUCUAAGGUACCGAUAUUCUCAACCCAGUUCUGUAGUGCCUCUGUUUAGUACAUUUUGGUGGGGUUAUUUUUCUGUGCUCUAGCCAACCAAUUUCAACUCUUUGAUGGCUUAUUAAUUAGCUGAUUGGUUGGGUCAGGUGUGUCUGAGCUGCAAACACAGCUGAAUGUGCUGGACCAGUGUUUGGGACCACUGCAUGAACUUACCCAUGGUUAGGAUUGAUUCUAGACCAGUGGUGAGAUCUCAGUCCUCAGUCCAGUUCUUGGUUUUGUUCUAAUAAACAUACGUUUUAAUUGGCUACCUCUGUUGAUAAGAUAAUCAGUUAUUUAUGGUAUUAGGUUAUUAUUAGCUUACUUAAUGGCUUAUCAAAGGUCUUUGAUUCUCGGUCUUAAAUUUAGUCCAGUUUCCAGUCCAGGACUAUGGCCAAAAAGUGCCCCAGCUACCAGGAAUUUUAAUCAAUUACACUAACUGUUCCCUUAACUUUUAUAUAUAAUAAAAUCCAAGUCUGGGAACAUGUUUUACAUAUUUAGUUCCUCAGAACCCAUUAGAAGCAUUUUCUUUAAUAUGCAUGUUAUUAUAAUAAAGGUCUUAAUUCCAUUUCUAGUGGUGGUUCACUUGGAGAACCCAUGUGCUUCAUAUUUGUCUGUUGUCUACUCUAACUAGGGAUUUGUAUUGGCAAGAACUUUGCGAUACAAAAAGAUACACAUCACAAUACAGGGGUUAAGAUUCAAUAUACAGCGCUGGAAAAAAUUAUGAGAUCACUUAAGUUCCUGAUUCAGUUUCUCUUAUUUUGCUAUUUAUAGGUUUAUGUUUGAGUAAAAUGAACAUUGCUGAUUUAUUCUAUAAACUACGGACUACGUUUGUCCCAAAUUCCAAAUAAAAAUAUUGUCAUUUAGAGCAUUUAUUUGCACAAAAAGAGAAAUGGCUAAAAUAACAAAAAAGAUGCAGAGCUUUCAGGAAUCAAAUAAUGCAAAGGGGUUCAUAUUCUUAAAGUUCAGAAAUAAUUAUUUGGUGGAAUAACCCUGUUUUUUAAUCACAGGAAUCAAACAUAACUUAUUUCAUUAUAAUUAGAAUUGUGUCUGAGGAACACUGGUCUAGACUUGAGCUGCCAAUGCUAUCUCAUUUCAAAGUGUUUCUGAGUGUAAGGCCAAAUCUGGACAUAGUGGCACCAUACCAUAAACUCAUACAUGUAUCCAAGUGCAUAAAAGGGAUAGGAAGUGUUUUUUUUUCCUCUCUGAAGGAACUGAACUCUUGUCAGUGGAUGCUGAAAGCGGCAUUACCCAAAAUCUUUGCAGAAUUCUCCAAACAGCUUUGACCAGUUAAAGCCAACUACAGAGACCCCUAUCUUUCUUAUUUGAUAGACAGAAAGCCUGAAUAAGAAAUGUAUUUGUAACAGCAUUUUAAGCUACAUUUUUCCAGGAUUUUUUGUACAUUGAUACUCUUUGGAGACCUGUACAGAAUUUGACUUAUUUAUUUUGGACGGACUGUUUUGUCUCUUCGUGCUUUGCAUCGGAGUUCUCCGCUCUGGAAGAAGCAGAACUGUACCUGAGGCUGGUCGAGCAUGCGCCUCCAUUUGAAAAGUAAGGGCAAUAGAUGGCUGCUCCUUUUUCUAAAUCUGGCUUUUUGUUUGAAAAGGGAAGCGUAUUUCCUUUAACCAUUUAUUAUUAACAGUGAUUAUUUAAAGACUGCUUUGUAAAUUUUACAGCAACAAAUGCAUUGUACAACACAUUGUAUAUUAAAUGCUUGUUUAUUGUAA